UUUCCGGUCUUGGCAGCCCGAGUGAAGAAGCAGAAAUGGCACCUCGCAAGGGGAAGGAAAAGAAGGAAGAACAGGUCAUCAGCCUUGGACCUCAGGUUGCAGAGGGAGAAAAUGUGUUUGGUGUCUGCCAUAUCUUUGCUUCUUUCAACGAUACCUUUGUCCAUGUGACUGAUCUCUCUGGCAAAGAAACCAUCUGCCGAGUGACUGGUGGGAUGAAGGUCAAGGCUGACAGAGAUGAAUCUUCUCCCUAUGCUGCUAUGUUGGCCGCUCAGGACGUUGCCCAGAGAUGUAAAGAACUAGGCAUCACUGCCCUUCACAUCAAACUUCGGGCCACAGGAGGAAAUCGGACUAAGACACCUGGCCCUGGUGCUCAGUCAGCCCUGAGAGCCCUGGCACGUUCUGGAAUGAAGAUUGGGCGGAUUGAGGAUGUCACUCCCAUCCCCUCUGACAGCACUCGCAGAAAGGGUGGUCGCCGUGGUCGCCGUCUGUGAACCUUGUUUGCUGGAUUAUUUUUGUCAAUAAAGAUAUCACAAUGA